GUGAUUCUUAUAUGUUUUUCACCUCCAUUUUAGGAUUAUGCUAAGGAAAGAUAUGGAGUGUCAUCAAUGAUACAAUCCCAAGAGAAAACAGAUCGAGUUUUGAUUCGAAUAAAAGACUUGACAGAGGAGAAAGCUGAUGAAGUGGUUUGGGUUCGUGGUAGAAUUCAUACAAGCAGAGCUAAAGGGAAGCAGUGUUUCUUAGUCCUGCGUCAGCAGCAGUUUAAUGUCCAGGCUCUUGUGGCUGUGGGACAGCAUGCGAGCAAGCAGAUGGUAAAGUUUGCUGCCAACAUCAACAAAGAGAGCAUUGUGGACGUGGAAGGCGUUGUGAGGAAAGCAUAUCAGAAAAUUGGAGGCUGUACUCAGCAAGAUGUUGAGCUGCACGUUCAAAGGAUCUAUGUGAUCAGUUUGGCUGAACCCCGAUUGCCCUUACAGCUGGAUGAUGCUGUUCGGCCUGAAGUGGAAGGAGAGGAGGAUGGAAGAGCUACCGUAAACCAAGAUACAAGACUGGACAACAGAGUUAUUGAUCUGAGGACCUCAACUAGUCAGGCAGUCUUCCGCCUUCAGUCUGGUAUUUGUCAGCUUUUCCGAGAAACUCUCAUUCACAAGGGAUUUGUGGAAAUACAGACUCCCAAAAUUAUUUCAGCUGCCAGCGAAGGAGGAGCCAAUGUUUUUACUGUAUCGUACUUCAAAAGCAGUGCCUACCUGGCUCAGUCUCCACAGUUGUACAAGCAGAUGUGUAUUUGUGCUGACUUUGAAAAGGUUUUCUGCAUUGGGCCAGUGUUUAGAGCUGAGGACUCCAAUACACACAGACACCUGACUGAGUUUGUUGGUCUGGAUAUGGAAAUGGCUUUUAGUUAUCACUAUCAUGAAGUGGUAGAUGAGAUUGCAGAUACGUUGGUGCAGAUAUUCAAGGGACUUCAGGAAAGAUUUCAAAGUGAAAUUCAGACAGUGAACAAACAGUUCCCGUGCGAGCCGUUUAAGUUUUUGGAGCCAACUCUGAGGCUGGAAUACUGUGAAGCUGUGGCCAUGUUAAGAGAGGCUGGUGUUGAGAUGGGUGAUGAAGAAGAUCUGAGCACACCUAAUGAAAAGCUCCUGGGACGCCUGGUGAAAGAAAAGUAUGACACAGACUUCUAUAUUCUUGAUAAAUAUCCUCUUGCUGUGAGGCCUUUCUAUACAAUGCCAGACCCAGUAAACCCUAAAAACUCCAACUCUUACGAUAUGUUCAUGAGAGGGGAAGAAAUUUUGUCUGGAGCUCAGAGAAUUCAUGAUCCUCAGCUGCUGACAGAAAGAGCUCUGCAUCAUGGCAUUGAUUUGGAGAAAAUAAAAGCCUACAUUGAUUCCUUUCGUUUUGGUGCACCUCCACAUGCAGGUGGUGGAAUAGGUACGUAUCACUUAUCUCUGUUAUUUACUUUGUAUUAA